AUGGCAGUCGAACAGACUGCUGUUAUUAUUAGUGAUAAUAAUGAUGAUGAUAAUAAUAAUAAUAAUACCAGCAAUAAUAAUAAUGAUAAUGAUGAUGAUAAUAAUAGUGAUAACAAUAGUAAUAAUAAUAUUGAUAACACAAGAACAAGAACAAAUAAUCAUCAUUCUCAAAAUCAUAAUCAUCAUAAUCAGGCAGAAAAUAGAAUCUUAUUACGGGAUCAAAAUAAUGGGCAUGAAGGUGGUAAUGUUGCUGGAGUGACGCAUCAUCAACAACAGCAACAACAACAAUUACAACAGCUACAACAAUUGCAUCAUCAUCAUCAUCAUCAACAUCAACAACAACAACAACAUCAUAUACAACAGCAACAACAACAGCAACAUGUAUCGUGGCAUGUUAUUGCCGACGGUGUUGAUGAUGAACCAGAAGAACUUGCCGACGAUGAUGACAAUGUACAUGAUCCAACUGGAUCUUAUACUCAAAGCGUCUAGAUCUUUUUAUCCUUUUAUGGACUUGUUGUGUAUAUAUACAUAUUUAUAUAUUAUUAUUAAUUAAACAAUUAAAUCAUCAACUUCAUCA